CUUGCUAUUCACAGUACCCGUGUUUCUCACUUCCAUGGUGCUUAUGUACAUUCCAGGCAUAAAAAACGCUCUAGAUAUGAAGGUAGUGAAUAUGUUAAGCAUCGGAGAGCUUUUGAAGUGGAUAUUAUCUACUCCUGUGCAAUUCAUAAUUGGUCGAAGGUUUUACGUUGGUUCUUAUAAUGCUUUGAGACAUGGAUCUCCUAAUAUGGAUGUGUUGAUAGCUCUUGGAACCAAUGUGGCUUAUUUUUAUUCAGUUUACUCUGUGCUCAGAGCCGCAACUUCACGUGAUUUUGACUCAAAUGAUUUUUUUGAGACUAGUUCUAUGCUCAUCUCUUUCAUUCUACUUGGGAAGUAUCUUGAGGUUCUAGCAAAAGGCAAAACAUCAGAGGCCAUUGCUAAACUUAUGGACUUGGCACCAGAAACUGCAAUGCUUAUGAUUUAUGAUGAAGAUGGAAAUAUAGUUAGUGAAAGGGAAAUUGGCAGUCGGUUAAUACAACAUAAUGAUGUGAUCAAAGUAAUGCCUGGUGCAAAAAUAGCUUGUGAUGGCUUUGUCAUAUGGGGUCAGAGUCAUGUCAACGAGAGUAUGAUUACUGGGGAAGCGCGGCCUGUUGCGAAGAGGAAGGGGGAUAAUGUGAUAGGGGGAACUGUAAACGAGAAUGGUGUGUUGCAUGUUAGGGCAACACAUGUUGGAUCGGAAAGCGCUUUAUCACAAAUUGUUCGCCUUGUUGAAUCCGCUCAAAUGGCCAAAGCUCCCGUGCAGAAGUAUGCUGAUCGAAUUUCUAAAUAUUUUGUACCUCUUGUCAUUCUUCUCUCGCUCUUAACUUGGCUAACUUGGUUUCUAGUGGGAAAAUACAAUGGUUAUCCAAAAUCUUGGAUUCCAUCUUCUAUGGAUAGCUUUCAGCUUGCCCUUCAAUUUGGCAUAUCAGUGAUGGUGAUCGCAUGUCCAUGUGCACUUGGCUUGGCAACUCCCACUGCUGUUAUGGUGGGCACUGGAGUUGGUGCUUCUCAGGGUGUGUUGAUAAAAGGAGGUCAAGCUCUUGAGAGUGCUCAUAAGGUGAACUGCAUUGUUUUCGACAAGACAGGUACUCUUACGACGGGGAAGCCAGUUGUAUUAAGUACAAGGCUUUUGAAGAAUAUGGCCUUGCGUGAUUUCUAUGAAUAUGUUGCGGCUGCGGAGGCAAACAGCGAGCAUCCCCUAGCUAAAGCUAUUGUGGAGUAUGCAAAGAAGUUCAGUGAAGAGGAAAACUAUGCUUGGCCCCAAGCACAAAAUUUCAUCUCUGUCACUGGUCAUGGAGUCAAAGCCAUAAUUGGAAACAAAGAGCUCAUAGUGGGGAACAAGAGUUUGAUGCUUAAUUCUGGCAUUGAAAUCCCAGAUCAAGCUUCAGAACUUCUUAUGGAAGCAGAAGAAGUGGCCCAAACUGGAAUCCUUGUGGCCAUGAACAAGGAGAUCGUGGGAGUGAUUUCAAUUUCUGAUCCUCUGAAACCUGGCGCCCAAGAUGUCAUAUCCAUUCUCAAAUCCAUGAAUGUGAGGAGUAUUAUGGUGACGGGAGACAAUUGGGGCACUGCAAAGGCCAUUGCCGAAGAGGUUGGGAUAGCCACCAUUGUUGCUCAAGCAAAGCCUGCAGAGAAGGCAGAAAAAGUGAAAGAACUUCAGAUGUCCGGGUUAACAGUGGCCAUGGUUGGCGAUGGAAUCAACGACUCGCCGGCACUUGUAUCCGCCGACGUAGGCAUGGCAAUAGGCGCCGGCACCGACAUUGCUAUCGAAGCUGCUGAUAUUGUUCUCAUGAAAAGCAACUUAGAGGACGUUAUAACUGCUAUAGAUCUAUCAAGAAAAACCUUCUCUCGGAUUCGGAUGAACUAUGUAUGGGCGCUCGGUUACAACAUCAUCGGCAUUCCUAUUGCUGCAGGAGUCCUAUUUCCAUUGACAAGGUUCCGAUUGCCUCCAUGGGCUGCGGGGGCUGCUAUGGCAGCUUCUUCAGUCAGUGUUGUUAUGUGGUCUCUGUUGCUUAAAAAUUAUAGGAGGCCUAAGAAGUUGGAUUCCCUUCAGAUGAAAGGCAUCACGGUUGAGUGAAAUGCUUGUUGGAAUUGAUAUUCUGAGUUGUAGGCUCUUCGUAAAUAUGUACAGUGGAUUUCCUCAUUGGGUGUUAGAAAGUUAGAGCUUCCUUUCUUUGGCUACAAUAAGAUCAUGAGGUAUGCAUUAUGGUCGGUGUCACAGUAUGUUAAAAAGUAAAUUUUCUUGUAUUG